UUUAAUCAAAAAAAAAUUAUAUGCAUUAAUUACCUAAAUUCUUUUUUAUAGUAAUAAGCAAGCACAGAUAUAAGACACCAAAAAAAAAAACAAAAAAUAAGCACAGAAGUCCUAUUUAAAAAAUAAUAAUAAUAAAGAAAAGGAAAGAUGUAUAUGGAACUUGAAGAUGAAUGAGUUUCCUAAUCGUAGUCAUCGUUCAAUGUAUUUCCUUUCUAUAUAUCCAAGGAUUCCCUCUUUCAAAUUAAUAUCUUGUACUCGAUCACAAGAGAAUAUAUUAUUGAACAAGAUCUGGUUUCGUACUUGAGGGGAGUGAUCCUGGUCACAAAAUGGCCGAAGAGAAUCAGCAUAUAAUAUUAGCCACUACGAACAAUGAUGAGAAGAAGAUCAUUCGCAGGGAAGUUGAAAAACAAAGGAGGACACACAUGUCUGUUCUAUGUGCAUCUCUUCGAUCUUCACUCCCUUUAGAACUCAUCAAGGGAAAGCGUUCGGCAUCAGAUCACAUAGGCGAAGCUGUAAAUUAUAUUCAAAUUUUAAAGCAAAAGAUUAAUGAUCUCCAAGUCAAGAGAGAUAGGCUUAAACAGAAGGUUAAUUCAAGUUUAGUUGAUACUGAAAUUGAACCAGAUCAUUCAGGUGCAGUAGUGAAGUGCGUCAACAUCAAUCACAUUCCAGGGGGCGUGGAAAUUUCCAUAUGUAGUGGAUUCGCAGAGAGAAAUUCUCCUUUAUCAGAGUUAAUGGAAAUAUUGCUUCAAGAAGGAUGUGUUGUUGUUAGCUGUGUUUCGACCAAUGCUAAUGGGAGGAUAUUUCAUACUAUUAAGUCUGAGGUGGAGGACUUGACACGCCUUGAUCUUGCUAAGCUGCAACACAAACUGGACCAUGCAAUCUUGUUGUCAAGACAAUUAUAUGCCGGUUGAGAUGGCCAUGAACAAUUUGUGAUUAUGACUAUGAUAAGUGUUUUCAACUUUCAUUUGUUAAUUUAGAUGUACUGGCUAAUACAUAAUUAAUGUUAAAGUUCUUCCUACUAAAGCAUUGUGUGAGCAGGACAACUAUGAUGAGGUAUCAAUUUAACUUUGUUAAUUAAUUCAUCAAAUGUAUCUGCUAGUACUUGAUAUAUGUUUAAUUUCUUCCUAUUGCUUUACCCUGCCCAUGUUUUCAAUCUCCCUUAUAACUUAGUUAAAGUUGCAGAACUUAAGAUUUAUUCCUGCUGUUUCCUCGAUUUUGAUUACUA